GUAAUUUAGCUACCCUAUUUAAAUGUUUCUUAAACUGUGUGUAAACUCUAAAAUGAUACUUAUUUUGGAAUGGAGGGAGAUAACAAAAUUUCAAGGAAAAUUACAUGAAAAUGAUGUGUUUAAAAUCUAAAUUAUUUCCAUGUAUAAAUUCUGAAUACAAUAAUAUUCUUCAAUUUGCUAUCUCCUUCAUUCCAAAUAGAGGGAGUGUGGUAUAAUUUCCAAAAAAUCAUUCUUCGCCCCAGAAGGUACGUCGACAAUUGUUAACUAGUCAACACUGAAAAUUCCCCCCCAAUCCAUCCCGUCUCUCCAAAAUUGAGUACGAUAAAAGUUCCUUCUGACAUGUAUGCGCGUGUUUGGCGAUGCAGGUUCUGUUUGAUGAAUUCAUGUUUUCGUGUUUUUUAGUUUCAACUAUCUUGCAAUUCAUUUCCUUUACUAUUGAUUUCAUUUGUUGCAUUAUUUGGGUUUACAUUUGCAGUAGGUGCGUUCAUUGCAUAAUAGGUGUUUGAUUUUAUGCCUAGCUCAAUUGUUAAAUAUAUUUUGUUUGUGCUUUUAUGCCCAAAUUUUAUCGGAGCCUUAUUGAGAAGCAAGAAUUAGCUCAAUCUAGAGUGCACAUUUUGCACACUUCAAUUUAAAUUUACAGGUUUUCUGGUUCUUUGCCCACACGAAAACGAAGUUUAAAUAUUAAUUGCCGGCUACUUCCUUCCUUGUUGGCCCUUUACCUUUCCCUCCAGUCCCUCCUUACUCCUCCUUCAACAAUCACAAUCUCCAGCAUCUGACCGCAAAAUUCUAACCGGUUGAAAGGGAAAAAAAACAGAGGUUGACCUAGAAAGUUCACAGUGCACCGGUGCUGGGCGAAUACAGUAUACAAAUUUAGAUCUUAAUUGUCAUAGAAGUGAACUGUGAGAUCCUAAAUAUGUUGUUUAAAAUUGAUAAAAAAAAAAAAUUAAAAAAAUUAAAAAUCUAUGUUUGAUUUGAUGCGUUGUAAGCUGAAGUGAUAAAAGGUAAGCCAUAUACAUAUUCCUUUGCGGAGCAUUAUAAUUUAGUACAAUAUGCGUGAUUAGAAAACAGUGAAUUAGUGGUUGCUGGGGUUUGAAUAGUUGCAUGCUUAGACAGAGUUUGUAAUAGAACAGGGUGCAUUUUUUAGUUCGUACUAGAGAUUAGUUUGAGUUCGGAUGUUCGCAUAUAAGGUAUAUGACUUCAGGCUUACAUAAGAAUGCCUUUCUACUUUGCUCUGAAUUUCUUUUUAGGAUUAUUUGUCGUUGGUAUAUCAGCUUUUUAUUAAGGGUUACAACUUCUCCGGGUUAGAUCGCACCUUGUGCGGUCCCCAAUACCUAGUUCAUCUCAAAAAGGCGACGAAAGGUUACAGAGUACAACAAAACCACAUAAAGAGCUAGUAAAGUUAUUGAAACUUGGACAAUUCAGUUUGGAUUUGUAACAAAGUUUUAUUCUAAUUAGAAGCAGGUAUUGUCUUCGCGAUCAUCUCUCCCAGCCGGACCCUUGCUGGAGUGCUAACUUCCGACGGCUCAACGCGCUAAACCGAUGAUACCAGCUCUGGAUUAAGCGGGAGUGUACAAUCACAAAAUUUGCCAAGUUUGAUUGCAAGAUGAAUUUGGGUCACAGUGGCGUUUGCAGAAGUCUCCUGCAAAGAUUCCUUUUCAUCUGUCCGGACAAUCCAGCUUUUUCCCUCAUACAAAGGCGUGCUUACGUAGAUGUCUACAUGAAAUGGAAGAAAGAUUCAUUCUUUGAUUCAAUUGAGUCCAUUCACAGAUCAAUUGAGUUGAAACCUCUAAUUGCUCUGAAGAAUUGCAUUGUCUCUGCCUCUCCACAAGACUAUUGCAUACCCAUUUCGGAUGUCUCCAAGAAAGGCUUGCAAUUGGGGAUACCCAUCAAGGUUGCAAGGUGUUUGAGAAAAUACCCUUCUUUCUUUGAGGAGUUCGAAGGUCCCAAGCACAAUUUGCCCUGGUUUAGGCUGACCCAGAAAGCUAUUGAACUUCAUAGAGAAGAGAGAGAAGUUUAUAGGGAGUAUAAAUUUGAAAUACUUUUGAGGUUGAGGAAGUUGAUUUUGAUGUGUGUUGGGGACAGAAAAAUGCUGCCUUUGAAGACAAUUCAGGGAUUGCAAUGGUAUCUAGGGCUGCCUGAUGAGUUUCUGAAGGAUCCUGAAACACAUCUUGAUGGGUAUUUCCAGAUGGUGGAUAUGGGAGAUCGAUUGAAAGGACUGGCUAUUGUUGAGAACUGUUGGAAUGAUGAAAAACUGAUGUCUAUUAUGGAAAAGAACGCUAUGAAGCGAGGCGGCUAUAAUAUUGGUGAAAGGAAUGCAAUUGCAUUUCCUUUGUUUCCAUCAAAAGGUUUGAGGUUAAGGAGAAAGAUUUUGGAUUGGUUGGAUGAGUUUCAGAGACUUCCAUAUUUGUCCCCUUACGAGGAUUGCCAGAAUUUGAAAAAGGAUAGUGAUUUGUCGGAGAAGAGGGUUGUUGGUAUGCUUCAUGAGUUGCUUGGUUUGUUUGUUGAACAUGCUGCCGAGAGAAAGAGGCUCUUGUGUUUAAGGAAGUAUUUGGAGUUCCCACAAAAACUUCAUAAGGCAUUUGAAAGGCAUCCUCACAUAUUUUACUUAUCUAUGAAGAACAAGACUUGCACUGCUAUUCUUAAAGAAGCUUAUUGUGAUAAUUCAUCUAUUGAAGCCCACCCGCUUGCAAGUGUCAGGAAGAAGUACAUUGAUUUGAUGAAGGAAUCAGAGGCUAUUUUGAAAAGUAGGAGACUGAAUCGAUCCGCGGCUAAUUGCAAAAACACGAACAACAGUAACUUUGAUUCUACAGAUGAUGAUAUUCUUGAAGUGGAGACGGCAACUUAACUGGUCAAAACGUCCUAAUAAAUCAAAGUUAAAGCUUGCACAUUUGGAUUAAUUAGGUUAUCGGGAUCAUUGUUGGAGAAAGGAUUAGGAAAAUAACCUUCAAAGUAAGAUCAAGGGAGACAUUCAUUUGAGUCGGAUGCAAAACAGGAACAAGAAAUGGAUAGGAAGUCUAAUGUACAGAAGAUUUGAAAGAAGUGGAGUACGUUGUUCUCCUUGAACGCCCUAAAUUCUGAGAAAUAAAGGACAUGAGUUUUGGUGGGGGAAAUUGAACACAUUCAAAUGAACUCAGAAGCAGCAGGUUGAAAGGUUUUAGAGGAUGAUCUAAGCUUUCUCUGCAGGGUGUGACUCCAGUAAUGGAUGGUUAGCGACGAUGCUAUUGGCAGAGAAGGCUGAGCAACUUUCCUUCGAGUUGGAGCACCUUUUCUAUUUAGCAGCUGCAAGUUGAAUGAGAUUCACAAUAUGGGGUGGAGUAACAAACAACUCGUCUCUGUUAUUCACCUUACCAAUCAUCAAUCCAGAAGAAUUCUGCCAUGAAACUAAUAGAGUACUGCUGCUUUCGUGGAGUAACAAUGUCAAUGCCUUAAGUAAUCAUAAUGUGAUUGUGAAUAGUAAUGGUUUUUCAAUAAGGUGGGAUUCUUUGUCACGGGAAAUAUUCCAGAAAUGAAAAUAACUAACCAUUGACAUCUCGCCUUUUUACGAUGUUUCUGUUAGUGAAGGAAAUUAUGGAAUUAAUGAAAAAUUAUCUGAAAUCUCUUCCUUCCUAAUCUCUUUUUCUCCCGCAACUUCUCAUCUCUCCGAUCUUUCUUCUUCUUCUUCUUCCAAUU